ACAGCCUCAGCACUCGGUGCACAGCCAGCGCCGCGGGGGAAAACGGACCCUGACCUUCCUUCUCCGCCCCCUCCCGGCCGCGACAAGCGGGAAACCCCCGGGGCGGGGGCAAAGCCCCCCGCAGAUCAACCCCGACACCGCCCCGCGGGAUGGACGGCGGUGGCCCGGGGGCUGCAGGGCAGCGCGGCGACGGAGCGCAGAGGUCUUAAUGAAAUAGCAGUCAAAGAAACAGUCGGGACCUCAACAUGGCCUUCCAUGCAGAGGGACUGGUGGCCAUAGUUGUAUUCUACCUGGCUAUCCUGGCAGUUGGAAUAUGGGCUGCUUGGAAAACCAAGAACACUGGCAGCGAAGGAGAUCGCAGCGAAGCUAUUAUAGUCGGUGGAAGAGAUAUUGGCUUGCUAGUUGGUGGAUUUACAAUGACUGCCACAUGGGUUGGAGGAGGUUACAUCAACGGGACAGCAGAAGCUGUGUAUGUCCCAGGCUAUGGUCUAGCUUGGGCUCAGGCACCUAUUGGAUAUUCCCUUAGUCUGAUUUUAGGUGGCCUUUUUUUUGCAAAACCCAUGCGAUCCAAAGGCUAUGUGACAAUGCUAGACCCUUUUCAGCAGCUUUAUGGAAAGAGAAUGGGAGGGCUACUGUUUAUUCCAGCUUUAAUGGGAGAAAUGUUUUGGGCUGCUGCCAUCUUCUCUGCCUUAGGUGCCACUAUAAGUGUGAUUGUUGACAUUAAUGUCAAUAUUUCAGUCAUUCUUUCUGCCCUGAUUGCAACUAUGUACACACUUGUGGGUGGGGUUUAUUCUGUGGCCUACACAGAUGUCGUUCAGCUCUUCUGCAUCUUCCUGGGACUGUGGAUCAGCGUACCCUUUGCUAUGUCCCAUCCUGCAGUAACAGACAUUGGGCUGACGGCUGUGCACCAUGUGCACCAAGAACCUUGGCUUGGAUCUAUCAACUCACUUGACAUUUACACAUGGCUGGACAAUUUCCUUUUACUGACAUUAGGAGGAAUCCCAUGGCAAGCAUAUUUCCAGCGAGUUCUUUCCUCAUCUUCUGCAACAUAUGCUCAAGUUCUGUCAUUUCUGGCUGCUUUUGGCUGUCUUGUGAUGGCUCUUCCUGCAGUGCUUAUUGGUGCAAUUGGAGCAUCUACAGCCUGGAAUGAGACUGAGUAUGGUGUCCCUGACCCCAUGUCUAAGAAGGAAGCUGAUAUGAUUUUACCAAUCGUGCUCCAGUACCUUUGCCCAGUCUAUAUCUCAUUCUUUGGCCUCGGUGCUGUGUCUGCUGCUGUGAUGUCGUCAGCUGACUCUUCAAUUUUGUCAGCCAGCUCCAUGUUUGCUCGGAACAUUUACCAGCUUUCCUUUCGGCAAAACGCUUCAGACAGGGAAAUUGUAUGGGUCAUGAGAAUCACUGUUUUCCUGUUUGGAGCAUCAGCCACAGCAAUGGCCCUGCUAGCUUCAUCAGUGUACGGCCUGUGGUACCUCAGCUCUGACCUUGUUUAUAUCGUCAUAUUCCCCCAGCUCCUCUGUGUGUUAUUUAUUAAAGGAACCAACACCUAUGGUGCCAUUGCAGGAUACUUAUUUGGAAUUGUUCUCAGAAUAACUGGAGGAGAGCCCUACCUCUACCUUCAGCCCUUGAUCUACUAUCCUGGCUGCUAUCCUGAUGAAAAUAAUAUCUAUAUCCAGCGAUUCCCAUUUAAAACACUCGCUAUGCUUUCCUCCUUCUUUGCUAACAUUAUAGUCUCCUACUUAGCCAAAUACUUAUUUGAGAGCGGGACUUUGCCACCAAAGCUGGACUUCCUUGAUGCUGUUGUCGCCAGGUAUAGUAGAGAACACAUGGACAAAGCAACUCUUGUAAAAAGUGACAAUAUUGUACUAAAUGAACUUGCACCUGUGAAUCCACGGCACAGCUUAACUUUGAGCUCAACUUUUACAAACAAGGAAGCCUUUAAUUACGUUGAUUCAAGCCCAGAGCUGUCCAACACUGAAGAUAAUUAAAAAAUCUGGUAGCCACAGGCACAGCAAGGUAAAGGAGGAGAUUCCACAAAGAAUAAUAAGAGGCAUUUUAUCAGAAGAAAAGAAUGAACUGGGAAUAAAAUGCCACUGCACAAUCAUUUAAGUUGUUUCUAGGAGCAGGAGCAUCCCAUGGGAGGAAUGCUUUUCUGUUACUAGCCAAGAUGCUGGAUUAGAUCAUAGAGUAUUUAACAAAAGACACAGAUCCUGUCCUUUCCACCCAAACUAUAUACUGUGUAAUUACAAAAUAUUUACAACUGAGACUAUAUGUAGCAGAAAAAGUGCAACAGUUAUUUAUUUAGCUAGGACAUCCUAUGAAGAUGCUAUAAUACAGUCACUCUGAAAUACUAUGACUCAACAUUUUAUUGGCAUUAAGUGAAAAUAUAUUGUCAGAGCUAUAAGUGAUUUAUUACUAAAGAGUUAGUUGCUUGAGCAAAGACAGAUAACUUCCCUGGGGUUUUGGUCCAGUUG